CUUUGCUUGAUCCUUCACUUUUCUUUAUCGUUAAAUUUAUAUUUAAUUGUUUUUAUUUUAUCCUCUUUUACUGUGUCUUUGUACUGAAGAUGGUGACCUUAUCGAUUAACAAAUUAUUUGUUUAUAAAAUUUCGUUUCUGCGUGUCUUAUUUUAGUAAAUUCAUUCUGAUGAUUUAUUUGCUGGUAGUUCCUGUAAUUUUUGUUUCUCGCUUGCUCCGUGUUGAACUUAGUUCCCCAAAAAAAAGUGCAGAAUAGAGUUUUUUUUUUUUUUUAAUUUUUGGUUGGCCAAUGCGAAAAAGGAAGUUAGUUUUGUAAUAUUGAUACCGAAAGGAUUAAAGAAUGUGAAAUUUUUUUUCUGCCCACCAUGUUUGGGGAGGUGGAAUUUUAAUGUAGAGAUCAUUUGUGGCUUGCUUAUGCUCCAAUUACGACUAACCCUUCGCUUUUGGAUAGUAGGUUUGUGCUUAAGAAAUGUUUUACAUAUUUCUGUUUUAAAAAGAUCUUUUGCCUUUUAUCCAAAGCUCUUUAUGUUAGAUGAAACUUUUCGGUGAAAGAAGUUGGAAAAUGAAGUUAUUUGAUUUUGCUUGCCUCCUGCCUUCUCAUAAAUGAACUAUUUGGUCAAGAAAGAGCAUAAUGGAGAGCACAUCUAGUCAAGGGUUAGAUUCAGAUGAAAGUGUAAGGUGUUUGCAAGUUGAAAGCUUUGAUGAGCAGGAAUUUGUUGAUCAUGAGCUUUCAGACAACAUUGAUUUAUGCUUGGGAGAAGUCGACAAGAUUAUAGAAGAGUCUACUGACAGUUUAUCUUUAUUAGGCAAUGCUGUGGAACCAUAUAUUGGCAUGGAGUUCAAGUCAAGAGAUGCUGCAAGGGAAUUUUAUGUUGUUUAUGGCAGACACACUGGUUUUACAGUGCGAAUCCAUCAUAAUCGACGUUCACGAAUAAACAAUAUGGUAAUUGGUCAAGAUUUUGUUUGUUCAAAAGAAGGUUUCCGUGAAAAGAAAUAUAUGUACAGGAAGGACAGGGUACUUCCUCCCCCAACCAUCACUCGAGAAGGCUGCCCUGCAAUGCUGAGGCUGGCUUUGAGGGAUGGGGUAAAGUGGGUUGUUACCAAAUUUGUAAAGGAGCAUAAUCACUCAUUAAUGUCACCUGGAAAGGUACCAUGGCGAGGAUCCGCAAAAAAUUCGAUCAGUGAGGAUGAGAAGGAUCAGAGAAUACGAGAACUAACUGAAGCGCUGAACAAUGAGAAACAAAAAUGUAAAAGGCUGUGUGCUGCGUACCAGGAACAAUUACGCACCAUAUUGAAGUUUGUUGAGGAACAUACUGAUCAAAUAUCUAAAAGGGUUCAAGAUAUAAUCAAGAACAUAAGAGAGCUUGAAGACGCACAGCUGGAAGAAUCAGAUUUCAGAUUUGUUUAGUCUAUCUUCUCACUAGGCAUAAACAUCUCCGAUACAUUGUACGAUUCCUUUUUCCACCUUUCUUUGGCUUUAUCCAAUGGUGAUUUUACUAGUGCAAGCAGAAGUUAAUUUGGAUCGUUCCCUGUAUAUAUA